AUGGCGGCUAGGAGGAGGCAAAGAGUCGAAAGCAAUGGGGGCGCAGCAGCGACGAUCAAGAGCGAGACCUUGAGGAAGAAGGAGAUAGCGACGGUGAUUCUGAGAUUGGAGAAGGCGCAGAGGUCGCCUACCUCCGUCAUGCCUCCAUCGCCAAGAUCAAAGAGGAAUGAAGCCCGGUCGGCCACGCUCCUGCCUGACGGGCCGAGCUCGGCGCUGCUCCAGCUUUGUGAGCCCCCCAUGCUCCUGCUGCCGGUGUCGUCCCCCUUCAGGCCCCCUGGUUUCGAGGCCUCCCCAACGCCUCCCCUACCAUCCAGCGGGCCGGUGCAUCGUACUCCCUCUCCUGUGCGGUGCCGCCGGGAUGACGCUUCCGGUGCGGUUGGCCUCCAGUGCCUUGCACCGCUUUUCAGGGAGCGGCAGGCCGCCAUUCUGCCCGUCCCCACCCCGGCUGCAACUCCUCCGCGAGCUCCAGCAGCGCGUCGGAAGACCUUGGCAGGAGUCACCAUCUCUGAGGUUGGCGGUGCAUUCUCGCUGCACAAGACGCGGGUGACGGCUCAUCUGAGGGCCACGACCAUGGCUCGUGCGGCUGAAAUCCUGGUUUGUCGUUCUCUGGGCAUUGUCAAAGACGGCGAGGACGUGACUGCGGCUGCCCUGGAUGCCUUCACGGACCGCUUCAAGGAGCAGCUUUCGCCGGAGGUGCUCACAGCCAUGAGGGGCCUAUUCAAGCUCGACGACACUGAUGUUGCUGCUAUGGAAGAGGCGCUCCUGACACAUGGAGGUGGAGCCGUGCCGGACCUAGAGAGGAUUGACGAGGAGGCUGUGCUGCAGCAGGCAGCAGCUUGAGUUGCUGCUCAAUAUGCCGAUACGCCUAGGGCCUUCAGUUUCCAAUGUUAGUUAAUAAGCGUACGUGC